CGAGCAGAACAUCUCGAGCAGGAUCUCCAAGAUAAUUGCGCGGACGAUAUACAUCCUUGCGUGAACGACAAAUUACGCUGCAGCCGUUUUCAUAGAAGCACUAUGGCUUUAAAAGGAAUCAAGGUCGUAGAGUUAGCUGGACUUGCUCCGGGACCCUUCUGCGGCAUGAUUUUGGCAGAAUUUGGGGCAUCUGUUAUCAGAGUGGAUAAGAAAGCAUACAGCCACAGCACUACAUGUUUUAAACGAAAGUCAUAUUUAAAAUUAUAUUAUGAUAAAGUAAACGAUUCGGUCAAAAUUUGACUAUCAUCGGUACAUUAAAAUAUACAGAUGUUGCAUAAA